UUUUGCGAGAUUUCUUCGAAAAAAGAUUCAUUUCCUUUCCUUUUAUUUAACGUAUCUUUUGUUCAGCCUUAGCACGUUUAGAGCUGUACAAGUGUAGACUGAAUCCGAAGACACUUCAGUCAAAAUAUUCGAAGAGUGCGGAUGGAUUCUUAUGGUGCACUUCUCGAUUGAUAAGAUUUUAUAAUUUUACUUUUGGUGCUUUCGUUUCGUGUUUACUUAGUUGAUUUACACUAGCAAAAAUGUCGAUCGGAGAUUUAAUACAUAAUUUUUUCGUCACCGAGUCUUUUAAUAAUGAUAAUAAUAAUGCCAAUAAUUAUUAUUAUGGGUCUCGUGAUUAUGAUCGCGGUCAAGAAGAUGUGUCCUACUCCUACUCCUACCCUACGAAUGGACAGUAUCAAGCGAACAGAAUGGAAACAGAUGAUGUAGAAUCGAGUAAUUCCGGACCUAUGUCCACUUUGAACAGUUUGUUCUCAUUCACGAGUCCAGCUGUGAAAAAACUAUUAGGAUGGAAACAAGGAGACGAAGAAGAAAAAUGGGCUGAGAAAGCUGUAGAAUCGUUGGUGAAAAAGCUGAAAAAGAAUAAAAGCGGAUACGAAGAAUUAGUCAGAGCGUUGAGUUUUCCAGGACAGCCUAGCAAAUGUGUCACGAUUCCUCGUAGUUUGGAUGGAAGAUUACAAGUAUCUCAUCGUAAAGGUUUACCUCAUGUUAUAUAUUGUCGAGUUUGGAGAUGGCCUGAUUUGCAAUCGCAUCAUGAGCUCAAGCCUAUGGAAAAUUGUCAAUAUCCGUUUUCGGCGAAGCAGAAAGAAGUGUGUAUCAAUCCGUAUCAUUACCGAAGAGUCGAAAGUCCAGUGUUACCGCCUGUUUUAGUACCGCGUCAUAGCGAAUUCGCGCCAAGUCACGCCAUGUUGCAGUAUUCGCAACAGCCUACUCUAGGCGAUACUUCUUGUCCUGCGAACGUAUCCUUUUCUAGUAAUGGAUUUACUCAUACUUCUCCAAAUUCUCCGCAUAGUCCGGCUAGCUCGAGCGUUGCGCACAGUCCCUAUCAAGUGAAUUGCUUGCCUGAAACUCCUCCGCCAGCUUAUUCUCCUAGCGAGGAAAAAGAUGGUGUUACGUCGACGCAAAGUGAUUCAACAUCGAUCGAGUCGCCGAUGGCGGAUGUAUGUUCGAUCCCAUAUCAAGAGCAACAAUAUUGGGCCAGUAUCGCUUAUUACGAACUCAACUGUCGCGUCGGUGAAGUAUUUCAUUGUCAAUCUCCAAUGAUAAUCGUAGAUGGUUUCACAAAUCCAACUAGUCACAAUCUAAAUCGUUUCUGCCUUGGUCAAUUGUCUAACGUCAAUCGUAAUUCCACCAUAGAGAAUACUAGAAGGCAUAUAGGAAAAGGAGUACAACUUUAUUACGUAGGAGGAGAAGUAUUCGCGGAAUGCUUAUCAGAUUCGGCAAUAUUUGUACAAUCGAGAAACUGUAAUUAUCACCAUGGUUUCCAUCCGUCUACGGUAUGCAAAAUACCAGCUGGCUGUUCGUUGAAGAUUUUCAACAACAAGGAGUUUGCCGAUUUGUUGAUGCAAUCUGCCAAUGAAGGUUUUGAAGCUGUGUACGAGCUGACCAAAAUGUGUACCAUUAGAUUAUCAUUCGUCAAAGGCUGGGGAGCCGAAUAUCACCGGCAAGACGUGACUUCGACGCCGUGCUGGAUUGAGAUCCAUCUACACGGAGCUUUAACGUGGUUAGAUAAAGUACUGACUCAGAUGGGAGCGCCAACUAAUCCGAUAUCGUCUGUAUCGUGAAACUGAGUGAAACAAUCCUUAAAUAAUAUAAAAACAAACAUACGUGGAAAAAACCACCAUCAGAUAACUAUACAAAUUUUAGGCGGCAACGAGACGAACGACAAGUUUUAUAUACAUAUUACUCUUUUGAUUUAUUUAUUUUACUGCUGAUUUGUGUAUAAGCUUAACGUAGCGAGUACAGUUUCUCAAAUUACCAUUUUAUUAUUAUUAAGCUUGGAUUUUUUUUCUCCUUUUUUUUUACGAGUAAUCGAAGGUGGUACAUACUACAUUAUGUAUAGGUAUAUUUUUACGUGGAUGUGUGCGUGUAAUUGUGUGUGUAUGUGAGUGUACGUACAUCUUUACGUGAUCUUUUAUCAUAUCGGAAGAUCGCGUAUUCCUUUUUAUGUGUUUUUUUUCUUUCUCUCUCUUUCUGUUUCAUUUCAAUUCCUGAUCUCGUGAACGUUAUGUUUUUUUUUUUUUUUUACCUGAACGUGGUGCUAAUUGAAAGUACAAUGUUCUCAGAGACGCUGUGUGUUUUUAUUAGGCGGCGGAAACAAAUUGUGUAUUUACGAACAUAAUCUAUAUCAUUUUCAAUUAAGUUUGUCUCUUAGGUUAGGUUUAUUAUGUAGGCGAUAUUCGUAUCAUAAGGGUUUAUAUAGUACAUACUUACGAUUAAACAGCUGGCUUCUGUUACGCUUGAGCUCGCCCUCGCUGUUGCUCUUGCUUGCGAAUUUACUAUAUAAAUUUUGUAUUUUAAUGCCAGUUUAGAGGGGUUUUUCUAUUGAAAAUUUGUGAAAUUGGCGAAGAUAUUGCUAUAAUAAUACGCCGCCGUGUUAAUUUCGUGUUUUUAGGCUAUUGGAUUCGCAACACGAUACCGUCCUUUUGGUGAGCUUUCGUAUUUAAACGAGCCAAUUUGCAUUACGAGACGAGUGUAGUGAUUGAGUAAGAGCUUAUUGCUGAUUUUUUGAGCUUAUUAUCCCGUUCGUACAGAAGUACAUAUUUUAAACUCGAACGGAAAUAAAAUUAAUAUUGUAAGAUUAGAAUUUUUAGAUUUUGCGAGCUUCGUGAUUCGGUGAUAUUUUUUAUAGUACGCGAGACGGAGGAAAUCCCAGUGAAAAGAUGAAGAAUGUAAAGAUUGCUGUCUUCGCUAUUGCGCGAUUUUUUAUUUUUUUUGUUAGUAUUUUUCGCCGAGUUGUUGAGUGAUGAAUUUGUACGUGGCAAUUUUUCAAUCGAAAUAGUACAGUUGAAUUUACAAAAAUAACUGCGUUCAUUUUAUACUCGGAUUUCUUUUUUAGGAAUGACGAAAUCGAUUAAAUAAGUAAUCUAUAUAGAGAACCUAAUGUGCCUUUGUUUUUACGGAAAGAAUAAGCAGCUAUCGAACGAACUUAUUGAUUACUUUUUACUCGCGUUAUAUAUAUUUUUUAAAAAUCUUACGUACCUUUUUUUCAACCUUAUUUGCAACUGUGUAUCUCAAUUAGCGUCAUAAUACUUAAUGCUCCUUAUAUAUUGUAUUAGAUUAAUUUAUACUCGAUGUAACGCAAUUGCCAUAUUUUUGCCAUCCGAACUGUUUUAUUUUUUUAUUGUUUUUUCUUUUUUGGAUUAUUUUUAUCGCUAUAUUACAAAUAUCUGAAACGUGUAUGAUUUUGUUGUU